AUGGACGACCCGGGACCUUCCGCAGCCUAUCUACGUUCCUUCCCUUCCACCUCCGAUGGUCCCAUCUUACCUCCUUCACCACCACACUCUCCCCUUCUCUCACCCACCCAAACCUCAGCUCAAUUCCUCGACACCCUCGCACAAGAUUCUCUCUAUGCAAUCCUUAACAUCCCACGAGAAGCAUCAGAUUCCGAAAUCCGUGAUGCUUAUCGAUCGAUUGCUACUACUUAUCAUCCUGACCGACAACGGGAUACCGCAACUCGACUAGCAGCUCAUAAUCGUUUCACCCAAAUACAAAGAGCAUACGAGGUGUUAUCAGAUCCGGCAAGACGGACCAUAUACGAUUUGUUCGGCGAAGAAGGUUUGAGAACAUCUUGGGAAGUAGGACCUAGGAAUCAAACUCCCAAAGAGAUGAGAGCGAAUUAUCAACGACAAGCUGAAGAUAAGAAACGUUUAGAAGCAGAGGGUUUGGUAAAACCUAAAGGUACCAUGUCUGUCGUUAUCGAUUCAAGAGCGGUCUUCCUUCCCAAAAGUUAUUUCAGUCAACCGGAGAAGAUUGAUCAUAGUUUGUUGGCAAGGAUCAAAAGGAUACGAGUGGGACAGAUAAUGAUGAAACAUUCGUUUGAGACGCCUUUGAAUGAGAAAACCCAGGUUGUAUGGCAAGGUCAGAUGUUGAGUAGACGAGGAGCAGGAGGUGGGAAUGUGGUAGGAACUUUGAGACAUCAAUUUUCACCUAGGUUAUGGGGAGAGGUGGGAAUGACAAUGUUAGAUCCUAGGAUGGUGACUAGUAAAGCGACAUUUACAUAUGAUGAGAAUACGUUUGUCACUCUCAACACGAUUCAACAGACUUAUAAGGCUCCACCAUCAUUCGGGGUCGUCUUUGGUAGACGAUUAUACGCCCAAACGACUGGGUUAAUCACAUUUCGCUCUGGUUUUUGGACACUCGGUCCAUGGGGAACCAACCUUCCUGCUCAACUGAUCAGAUCAGACCGCUCAUCCCUUUCCGUAGCAUUGACUACUUCCCACCGAGAUGGCACAGGUUGGACGGUAGAAUCUCAAGCGGGUCUGGUCGACUCCCAUCUGUCCGCUGAUUGGAGUACGAGGGUGAUGGGUGGAUUGAAAUUGAAAAUCGGGGCGAUGUUGGGUACAACGGGUAUAUCUGGGUUUGUUGAUGGUGAAGGGAGAGUGACGGAGACUACUAAAUUUGGGGUUUUAUUACAAGCUGAAUUAGGUGGUGGUGUGACUAUGUCAUUAAAAUUUAAUCGUCUUGGACAAAAAAUCACAAUACCUAUUUUAUUGUCACAAAAUUUGAAUCCGUACAUCGUCUUUGGAUCUACUGUCAUCCCUACGGUUUCUUACGUUGCGUUGUAUCGUCUUUACUUGUUGCCACGAAAACGACGUCGAACAGCUAAUCGAAUAAAACAACUCCGAGAAGAGAAUGCGGAAUAUAUCGAACAAAAACGUAUCGAAGCUCUUGAAGCUCUUACUUUGAUGGAAAGACCUACAUCUCUUAAAGUUAUUGCGGAAAGAGAAAAGCACGGUCUCAUUAUCCUUUCCGCGCAAUACGGACCUACAUACGCUUUUACAGAUAAAGGAAUCAGAGAAGAAUCAUUAUCACAAGGUUUGAUUAUAGACGUUACUAUACCAAUACAAGCUUUAGUAAAUGAUAGUAAAUUGUUUAUACCCGGAGGGAGGGCCAAAUACAACAUUCUCGGUUUUUAUGAUCCAUGUAUAGGAGAAAAUAAAAAACUUCGAAUCCGUUAUUCAUUCCGGGAUACUUUACAUGAAGUCACAGUUGAUGAUUUACAACCACUUCGAGCUCCAAUAAGAGCUCAUGUCAUAUCAUAA